AGGAGCUUGAGGGAGGAGAUUGGGUGUCAAGAAAGUUACUACCGUAUGGAAAUCGCGGACGAAUUUGGAAGUCCGAUUCUUUGAGGCUCUCACAAUUUGGCUCACACAACACCUUGGCGUUCAACCAUCACCACCACAAACAAGGGUCGGGGUCCACUUAGAUCGGGCUCUGCUCGUCGUUGCCUGCAUUCAGGACAGGCUUGUCUUAUUGAUUCCACUAGUGGUCGCCCGCAGCGUCUACGAUUUCGUUGGCUAUCUGCUGUCGCGGCCCGCUUUCCACCAUGCAGCGUCUUUGCGAUGAAGUCAUCGCACUUAUCAUCUACGAACUCGAAGAUCCCACUGCUCUGACUCUCACCUCCAAGCGUUUCCUCCAUGUCUCCAGAGACCCGUAUGUCCGUGCCCACUAUUUUCUGUCUCGCUAUGGCCAUAUGGAUGCGAUGUUUUGGGCGUUGGGUAAAGGGAAAAUUUUGGACGAAAGGGUUAUUGAUAUUCUUUUCAAUAGUGGGGCGCAUAUAUCUCGUUACCUCCUUCAGGUCGCCAUCCAUCACUUCUACCGCGGAAAUGCACCUUUUAUCAAGUCACAAUGGGUUCGUUCCGUCCGUCCCUCGGUUUUCUCAUACUUCCAGAAGGUCGCCGCCGAGAUGUUUGAUAACGAAGUACCGGUGGGCAAGCAUGAGGAUGACGGAUCCAAAUUCCAUGCCUUUUUAAAGGAUAGCAGACUCCCUUCGCAUAUGAGGCAAAAGAACUGGGAGGAAAUUCGUGACAUAUUCCAACGGUAUAGAUUUAUCCCAUUCAGCAUGAAGGAUCCGCUUAUGUUUCAGCUCCCGAUAGCACUUGCAGUCGAACCGAGGCUAUUGCCAUACGCAGAAGCAAACGGCUUUCGGAUUGACCCAAAGUACCGCGACUUCAUUUUCCGUAAGAUGUUUGAGAAGCAGUCACUCAGCACCGUGGAUCGGUCAGAGGAGAUCGUUUCCAACGUUCGGGAAUUGAAACGGCUGGACCCUAGGAUGUUCCUUAGUCGCACCGUGGCAGCUGAAGUCUGUAUGGAAGCCAAGACUAACGAGUCAGCGUAUCGUGCUCUCAAAACAUUGGACCGCACGGGGGAUCUGUUGUUUUCACUUCGUGGUUUGGUAAUUGAAUUGAUAAAGCUCUUCGUGAAGUCUCGCUCUAUAAUGACCGGGUAUACCACGAAUGUUUUGCGUCAACUUUACUCCGACUUCCCAUCGAAUGAUCUGACGGUUCGGACUGCCAUGCUUUUGACAGUUUUCCUAUUCGAUGGCAUGCUCCAACCUUCCUCACCUUUAACCAUGGCGAAGAGCAAGCUGCAGAGUCUCAACCUACUUCCUGUGACCCGCCAGGACAUCCUGACCAUUUUGACAAAUCCUUUUAUCGAGAAGCCUAUUAUCAUCCUUGAUUACGCCAGAGAAGAAAUGGAUAUGAGCCCAAAGGCGAUUAAAGAACUUGUUCAUGAAGUUGUCGUCACGUGUCUCGGAGUCGGAAGCAAGGGGAAAACCAUUAGAAGAUUAACCGAAUAUUAUGGAUUGAAGGAAUUCGUUGCCGAAGCUGCUGUUCAGCGAUAUACACUCUCAAUAGCCGAUUUACCCCCAUUAGAGGAUGAGCAGGCUUGUGUGGCUUACGAGGCACCGCUGUGUCCCGAUUAUAGUAGCACAAAGGCGAGUCGAGUGAGCUCUAACGCCACUCACCAGCGCUCAGCCAAUGGCUCGUCGAAUACUGAGCCACUUGGUACUGAUGAAGCACCGGGUCCGUCGAGUGCUGCGGAGUCGCCCCGGGAGAACUACGACAUCCACAUGGAGGAUGCAGUUGAAGACGACACGACUUCAAGCACUGACGAUGUUGAACUGGGUGCCAUUGGCCAGGAUACCCUUUCCGCGAUGAUCCGCCAGGAUGAGAUGGCCCCGAUUCGGGCGCGUAGGCGCUCAUAUUAUUACAACAUGUACAAUAGUGAGGUCCAAGCAAAACUUGGUUAUCCAGCUGAAUUUUUGCAAGUUGGAAGAUGGGUCAAGGAAACCUAUCCUCCCGAGAGCCCUAUAAUGGCAGUCUUCUUUACUCAUGCGGUCAUCAACAACAACAGUACGCUGCUUCACCUUUAUCUCCCCACGCCUGGACCGAACUCUCUGGCGGCGCGCGUGCCUAUCACUCUUAAACAUUUCAAGCUUCUUGCACAUUUGGGCAGAGCACCCAAUUUCUGCCUGUACCACGAAAUCGAACUCGGAGCCGAAUUCUAUUUCAGCGAGGAAGACUAUCUCUCCAAGCAGACACUGGUGAUAGAACCGAGACAACAUGGGAAGCACAGGAUCAGGGACGUUAAGAAAGAGACGAGCCCAGCCACGGUAUCACAUUCCUUGUGCCAAGCAGACCCGUCGUCGUCGACGCCACCGCGGAUAUGCCGGAAGAGACCGCGAAGAUCGACAGCGACAACCGCCACGUCUUAUAUUAUCCCGGAUUCGGAUGACGAGGCCAUUGUCGAGUCUGAUGAUGAGAAUGCAAUGGUCGCACUGAUGACUAUGCAGGCGAAGAAGCGGAAGGUUGAGUCAAAUCUCCAGCGUUGGAUCAAGCACCUGUCUGCUCUUCUGGCAGAGGAGCAACGGAAGUACAAGGAGAAGCGCAGGCGUUUGGAGAAGAUUACUCCACCAGAUGGUAAACUAAGAGUUAACAAGUCUGAGUUUCACAAGUCCCUUACCACGCAUCUCCGUUCGUUGCGUAAGGUGGACCUUGACAAACGCAAACAGUUAUAUGGACCAGAUGCACCUGAAGAAGACUACAGUGAUGACGAGGACGAUGAGUAUCGAUUUCAGAAAUCGCGGGCAAAUAAACGUCGCCGCAGCAACGUUGCCAGUUAAGUGAGGAUCGGGGGACAUUACGGAACAAUGCAUGCUCCAUUACUUUUUUCUGACUGUAUAUUCCGACUCUACAUAACUAAUCACUUUGUAUGUAGAAACACCUAAUUUACGCCCACCCCUUCGCCACGUAGCCUGGCGCAGAAUACCAU